CCAGGAAGGAGCACAUUGUGCGGUUUGCUCCCGGGAAUCACUGUCACUCUCACUGCGGCUGAAACAAACUAUCGCAGGAAAUAAACCUGAGAUUGUUCAUCUAUGAGAAACAAAUCAAAGUGGAUGUUCCAGUGAUCGGGGGUUGGCUCUGUGUCUGGUUGUUUGCAUCUGGGAAUGUUGGGAUCAUUUUUACAUCCAAGUUCCAAACAGGAUUCCUUCCUUCCUUCCUCCCCGGUGGAUUUGCCUGUGAUUUAACAACCCUGAGACCUGAGACCCACCGCCUCCUCCACUCUCUCUCUCUCUCUCUCAGCUUCGCUCCGGCCUCUCGUGGAUUUGCCUUUGUUAAUUUUUACUGGAAUUACAAGCCAACCUGGUGCCUGCCAUGGACGGCCCUCGGGCCAGCGUGCUCCGCCGGGGACGCCGAUCCCGAGCUCAGAGGAACCGCGAGCAAAGAGCCAAGGGGGGCAGAGGUGGCCCGCGGGUCGCCUGCAUCCUCUCCUCCUCUGGCUCGGAGCGGGAGGACAGCAGCAAGAAGCCAGGCUUGUCCCGGCCCAGACCACCCCGACGCCGCAGGAAGGCGUCCAUGUCAGGGGAGGAGGACCUGAUCGAUGGCUUUGCCAUUACCAGCUUCAUUACACUGGAGGGUCUGGAGAAGGACACGACACUGAAGCCCAGUGAGCACAUGGACACAGCGCAGAACCCACUCGUAAAGAAAACCCGUAACCAGCUACACAACGGCCUAAGGUUUCACCCAAACAAGAAGAGACACAACUUUCACAAUGGGAACUCUGACAGGGAGAACAACCCCAGUCUGAGCCGAGGCCAAGGCCAACGGAAACCCUUCCACAAGCGGUGCAGACAGAGAGAGAUAGAGAGAGACAUUUCAGAGAGGCUUCCGGAAGCUUUGGCUUAUGAUGAUUUUGUGUCCUCGAUGUAA